AUGAAUGUCACGCCGGCACCGUCUACGCCAUCGGUCCCAAUCGCAAUCGACUUCUCACAGAUUCCCGUGGACGCACUCGAGCCUAUACGCAACAGAUUGAACCAAAUCAAUCUAUCUUUGCGUAAACUAUCGGAACAACUCAAUGGGCACAAUAGACACCCCACCAAGAUCAAAUUGCCCUCAUUUACCCAUUUUCAAAAUCAGUUCCAAGUGCUCAUUACACAGCUAACGUCGGUAGCUAACAUUUUGUUCAACAAUGAAGAGUUGCUCCGACAUACCAAUGUUUACCCCACGGUGAACUUCCCAACCAGUCAGCAGGAAGGGCUAUUAACUACGUUAUUGCGGAAAAAGGCGUUGCCUGAGGUUGACGAAUGGAUAAAUUCGUCCAUUGCCAGUAUAGACAAACUACAAGAAUACGGAGCCGUGGUGGAUCUAGACAAGGAUGACGAGUACAAGGCUUGGUGUUUGAUGAAGAUUCAAGAAUUGCGCGAUAAUUUCCAAUUCUACGGGUUUCUCACUGUGGAGGAGUUGGAACAUAUGGAAACACCUGAAGGUAAAGCUGAAGCAAAGGCAAACAAGGAUAAGGAAAAUGAAAAGGAGGAGUUCGAGGCAAGAAUUACCCUUGGUGGGAAAAAAGGUCUACAUCCAAAUCAAAUUGCUAAAUUCAUGUGCCAAGGGCAACUCUAG